GGUUUAUACUCCAUAUCGCCAGCAAUUUUCAACGAUAAAAUAAUAGCACCAUUUUCAAACGGUGAACUAAUAGCCUUUAAUGAAGAUGGUAAAAAAUUGUGGAGCCAAAAAUUGUUCACAAACCUUUUUGAUACACCGCUCACAGAUAUAACUACCACACCAAGAGUAUGUGACAACAUUUUAAUAGCCAAAAAUAACUCUUACAUUUAUAGUAUUGACGUAAAAUCAGGAAAUAUUUUAUGGUCCAAGCCACUAAAGGUAAAAAGUGUAUCAGACAUUGAGUCAUAUUAUAGUCCACUUAUCCCUGUAAAGGAACAAAAAACAGGUGGUAGAAUUUUUAUAGUGACUAAAGACAACAAAGUAAUUGGCAUCGAUAUACAAAGCGGAGAAGUAGUCUGG